CGUAAUGCCUGAACAUACGCCGGCUCCAACGCCGGGCAGAGCAAUUUACGGCUUUGCCGUGUUCCUUCUGUUUAAGACCCUAUUCUUAAUGUACGUCCUGUGGGCAUUUGUUCCUACCGCGUGGUUCGAAAUGCUUGGCUUAACGUAUCUACCGGAUAAAUACUUUGCCCUCUUUAUACCGAUCGUUGCAUUGGUUGCAGUGACAUUGUUUGCUUUUUUAAUAUAUCCCUCACUGGCCCUGUCCAUGAUGCCCGACGUAGACGACCGCGUAACGAUCGCCGAUAACAGCACGAUCGUAAGGUGCGAGUAUCGCUUUCCGGACGGUCAAAUCUGUCAUCAGCGAGUGGAGGAUCCGUUCGAAAGUGGAUGGUAUGCGAAACGACACUGUUCCAAGCAUAGUUCCCGCCACAUCGAAACCCAACGUACGGUACGUGUGGCCAACUUUUGUGACUGUCCGUAUGAGGGACAGUGUCUGCUCCGGAAGGAUCCUGAGUACUUACCAACACUACGGAGCAAAGAUCCGAUACCGGCCGUUAAGGAUCUAAGCCUGUCACAGGUUAACCGCGUCCUAUACCGACGAUGUAGAUAGAGAAUUGCUUUUUUGAAAU